AUGGCGGCCGCCGACUCGAGCCGGCUCCAAGAAGCCCAGAAGCUUGCCAAAACCGACCCUCGAAAGGCUGAGGCCAUCUACAAAGAAAUCACCUCCAAGGCGCCCGCUGCCACAUCCGAUGCUGCCACUCGCGAGUAUGAGUCGGCCCUCAUCAGCUUGGGAGAGCUGUACCGAGACGAAAAGAAAACACAAGAAUUGGUCGACCUUGUUCGCGAGAGCCGUUCAGUAUUUUCGUCCUUUGCAAAGGCGAAAUCAUCAAAGCUUGUCCGACAAUUACUUGACCUCUUCAAAGAAAUCCCCAACAGCACCGACAUCGAAGUACACAUCACAAAGGACUGCAUCGAAUGGGCCACUGCCGAGCGCCGCGCCUUCCAGCGCCAGGACCUCGAAGUCCGCCUCGUCGCCCUCUACAUGAUCAAACAGUCCUACUACGAUGCCCUCACCCUCAUCAACAGCCUCCUCCGAGAGCUGAAGCGCCUCGAUGACAAGCUGCGCCUGGUGGAAGUCCAACUCCUCGAAUCAAGGGUGUACCACGCGCUCGGCAACAUCCCCAAGGCCCGUGCCGCCCUCACCACAGCGCGAACAAGCGCCGCGAGCGUCUACACCCCGCCCUUGCUACAGGCCAAUCUCGACAUGCAGAGCGGCAUGCUGCACGCCGAAGACAAGGACUUCAACACCGCAUUCUCCUACUUCAUUGAGGCGCUGGAUGGGUACCACAGUCUGGACGAGAGCCCCAAGGCCCAAGCCGCCCUGCAGUACAUGCUCCUCUGCAAGAUCAUGCUCAACCUCGCCGACGACGUGAACCAGCUCAUGUCCUCCAAGCAAGCGGUCAAGUACGCCGGCAAGAACCUGGAGGCCAUGAAGGCUAUUGCCCGCGCACACUCCAACCGCUCCUUGGAAGAAUACGAGCGCGCUCUGUCGGCGUACCGCUACGAACUCGGCAGCGACGCCUUUAUUCGCAACCAUCUGCGCCGAUUGUACGACGCCAUGUUGGAGCAGAAUCUCAUCAAGGUCAUUGAGCCGUUUUCCCGCGUGGAGAUUGACCACAUUGCCAAGAUGGUUGGUCUGGACACCCAGCAAGUGGAGCGAAAGUUGUCGCAGAUGAUUUUGGACAAGGUCAUUAUCGGUGUCUUGGAUCAGGGUGCGGGCUGUCUCAUCAUCUACGAUGAGACGCAGCGCGAUGAAUCGUACGAUGCGGCGCUGGCAACGAUUGAGAAGCUGAGCAACGUGGUGGAUGUGCUGUAUACAAACCAGGCUUCCAUGCUGGAGUAA